AUUAGCACUGAGAGCCAACCGUAGAAGAAGAAAAGGGGGAGCGAAGCUCCAAGGAGGAGGAGGAGGCGAAGAAGGAGGAGGUGGGGAAUCGAUGCAAAAGCAGUCUGCAAACAUUUGCAGCACAAUGGGUCGCAGCGAGGAGCUGAGUGAGUUUCAGCGGGGCACCGUGGUGGGAUGCUACCUGUGCAAGAAGUCCGUCCGUGAGAUCUCGGCGAUGUUAAACCUGCCCCGGUCCACUGUCAGCGCCGUGAUUUUAAAGUGGAAGCGUGGAGGAAUAACGACGGCACUGCCCCGGAGCGGCCGACCGCACAAGCUGAAAGAGGAGGAUCGCCAAGUGCUGGAGAGAGUGGCGCUGGAGAAGUGUUUGCCCUCCAUAAAAGCGCUCACCGCCGAGUUCCAGAGCGCAUCCGGAGCCAGCGUGAGCUCCACCACUGUGCGCAGGGAGCUUCAUGAGAUGGGUUUCCGAGGCCGUGUGUCCUCAUACGGCAAGCCCAAAGGAGUGCCGAAGGUGGCAAAGAAGCAGGUGGACGUGUCCCGUCUGGACCUGCGUAUUGGACGUGUAGUCACAGCCCAGCAGCUUCCAGACACUGAUGGGCUGUUCGUGGAGCAGAUCGAUGUGGGAGAGGCUUUUCCCAGGACGGUGGUCAGUGAACUGUCUCAGCACAUACCUGUGGAGGAGAUGCAGAAUCGUAUGGUGGUCCUGCUGUGUAACGUGAGGCCAGUGGAGACGAGAGGAAUUGUGAACCAGGCCAUGCUCAUGUGUGCCUCGUCACAAGACAAGCUGGAAAUCCUUGAUCCUCCAAACGGAGCGAUACCAGGGGAUAGAGUGACUUUCCAGCAAUUUCCAGGGGAGCCCGAUAAAGAGCUGAACCCCAAACAGAAGGUGUGGGAGCAGGUUCAGCCAGACCUGCGCACAGACGGCCACUGCGUCGCAACCUACAAAGGAGCUGCCUUUGAAGUCGCUGGAAAGGGAGUGUGCAAAGCCCAAACCAUGUCUGACUGUGAGAUUAAGUAAAUGAUCAGUUCUCUGCAGCCUUGCGGGAUCCAAGAUAUUGCGGAAAAGGAUUCCCAGAAUAGUGGAGACUGUUAUUUUAACGCCCACUGUCUGGGAGGACAUGUCCAAAAAACAAAAUCACACAGGUGUGAUGCUGGGUGGUCACGUAGUUUUUGCUAUAAACCAAGUGAAAUAAUUGCGAGGUACCCAAUGUUGGAUGGACUUGAGAUUUACUUAAAUUACUUUUUUCUUUUUUUUAAUAGAAAAAAAAAAUGUAGUUUUGAAUUUGGCCAACUGAGGGCACUAGCAUACCCCAUUACAAUGUGCAAUAUGUGUCUUGGUGGUUUGUUCACAUGAGAGCGUGCACCACGCCCGCCGCCUCAGCGUAGUGAAAAAGAAAGGGGGAAAAUCCUUUUUUUUCUUUUGUGUUCUGGGAACUCUUUGUCAAAAUGUUGUUUUCCGUUAAGACAUUUAAGGUGUUUUCAUUUUCACUACACAAGGUAUGAAACUGUUCAGAAGUCCCGUUUGAUAAACGGGAGAUUGACUGAUCUUGUUGGGUUUUUUUUUUUGAUUUUUGUUUUUUUUUCAUCGAUAAGUGAGAAUGAACUGAAAAUCAGUCCAUCAUGAAACAGACUUUCCACUGACUCCAUGUUGUUUAGCAAUCAACAAAGUUUGUGAGUUUUGCUUCUGUUAAUCCAGGAAGUGUUAUCUUAAAUGAAAAAAAUCCAUCUUUGGUUUUUCGGUGGCUUCCUGAAAUAUCAAACAAACACUUCAAAGUCUUUUGAUUUGAAUGUAAAAGUGUUUUAAACCGUCGACAAGUUUUGUAUGCUGUUUGCUUUGCUCUUGUGUUUCCGUGGUGGAUUGUUGUCCGUGAGAGCAGCUCCGGCUGUGAGCGUAGAAGCCCCGCCCACCCUGCUGGUCAGAUGCUUUGUUUGCCAGGGUCAGCCAAUCGGAAGACACCUGGCUUCAAGGGAGGGGAAGGGGUUGAGAGGGUUUGGAAGAGUUCAGCGGCUGCACCGAGGCUCAGUAUAAGCCUAAGAAAAAAAAUGUUUUUGAACUCUGUCAUCAAAUCGUGACUUGGUCUUAGUUUUGAAACGGAGUGCACCAAGCUGUUAAGAAGGCCGCUUAAAAAAAAAGUGAAAGACAAACACGCAAAGUAUUUCUUCCUUUAUUUUAAAGGAGAACUUAACAACUAUGUGCCGAGAAUGGGGAUGUGAUUGAUGUGAUUCAGGAACCAAGAAGUGGAACAAAAUGUCCAAGACACCAUGUCCCAGGUACUUGUUUAACAGUGCAGAGCACAAAGGGAAUGGUGUGAUUCUCUAGAAACAAAAGAAAAUGUUACUCACUACUUCAUCACAACAAGACAAAGAACCACUGUUUAUACUGCGGUCAACAGCAUGGAGUUGGAGUGUUGACUAAUACUAGAGAAUGACAUUAAUAAAAACCAUUUUAAUAUCUGAAAA